CAAUUCUUAGCGGUUGGGUGGCUGCAGCCUGCAGGGGCUAUAUAUACGAGGUUCUCGAUUGCUCAAGGAAGCCAUCCAAGCAACUUGCUAACCACAUCCUUCUUCUAUACCCAUAGCCAUAGAUCGUGUGGGUUGGAGAGAACCGUCCGGAGCCAAAAUGAGCAAGCCGGCGAAGAUUGGGCCAUGGGGUGGACCUGGUGGCGACGAGCAGAAUGUCCAGGUAAUGCCCGGGCGGCUAGCCAGCGUGACCAUCCACAGCGGAGACACCAUCGACGCGAUUUCCUUCACCUACAUCGGCACCGAUUACGUUCCGUAUUCCGCGGGCCCCUGGGGCCGCACUCUCAAUACGGAAAGCACGAUUACUCUCGACCCUACGGACUACGUGACGGGAAUCUCGGGGACGUUUGGGACGGCGUUUGAUAACGACCGUGUCGUCACGUCUCUGAAAAUUUCCACCUUCAAGGAGAAAGACGGCAGCAAGACAUACGGCAAACCGAACGGGACUCCUUUCCACAUCCCGGUGCGUGAUGGCGGCAGGGUCGUCGGCUUCUUCGGACGCUCCGGCGACAUGCUGGACGCUAUUGGCGUCUACUUUGCUCCAUGAAUAUAAUCCCUUCUCCGGCCGGCGACCUGGUGGCACCACUAGCAUGGACGCUGCUUGUCAGAAUAAAUGACCUUGUUGUAUUUUUUUCCGUAUUGCUUUUCCUACGAUCACGUUACUUAUGUAAAGUGCUUUGCAUGGCACCGUGUGUAAUAUUGUGUGACGCCACGACCCAAGCCGUGGGUUGCUGCGGCAAGUGUGUGGAUCGGUGGCGCGGAGGACUUCUGGCUGGUUAGCCCAAGCCACUACGUUGUAUAAUUAAACGCGUGUAUGAAUAAUUCCGAGAUCCCUUUUUGGCACGUAA